UGCUGUCUCUGUCAAUUCGUUUCCAUUCAUUUAACGGAAGAUUGGUUGGUUAUCGUCGGUUAUCGUCUACCAUGAAGAUGACGAGUGACGCGACGGUUGGCUUUUGACUGUAUUUACUUUCGAAUUCAGACUCGUUGACCGUUUGUGACAUCGAAGAUCGACUUGUAGACGACCGUCUAUUUAUCUGCGGGAAGAUUUUCUAACUAUAGAACGAAGAGUCCGUCAACUUUGAAAAUGCCGUCAACAAGGUUGCUGGUUUGCGCAGGCAUGCUCUUUGCAUUGCACCGAAUAGCGGGAUGCUUCGAAAAUGAUCGUUCAGGCGAGCAACACUGCGGUCAAGGGACGAACAGAGAAUCGAAACAGUCGAAAGAUACGCAAGAUUAUUGCACAGUGGGGGACGAUUUAAAACACUUCUAUUCCGGAGAAAGUUCCGAUCGUUUGAGAAACAUGGUCAAAAUAGAUGCAGCCACUUUUGCGAUUGGAACGAACGAACCGGUCUUUGUCGGUGAUGGCGAAUCACCGAAACGAAAAGUGCAUCUUGAUACCUUUUACAUAGACGAGCUGGAAGUAAGCAACGCGGAGUUCGCAGCAUUCGUCGAUGCGACCGGCUACUUGACCGAGGCCGAAUCAUUUGGCGAUUCGUUCGUAUUCGGAGGUCUGUUGACAGAAGAAGUAAAAACGAAUUCACCGGCUGCAGUCGCUCGAGCUCCAUGGUGGUUACAAAUUAAAAACGCCACUUGGAAGCAUCCGGAGGGUCCUGAUUCGGAUUUAACGCGCAGGAUGGAUCAUCCCGUUGUACACGUAUCGUGGAACGAUGCUACCGCGUAUUGUAAAUGGCUAGGAAAAAGAUUACCUACCGAAGUGGAAUGGGAAGUGGCCUGUCGUGGCGGGCUUUCCGAUAGAUUAUAUCCGUGGGGCAAUAAGUUCAUUCCGAAUGGUAAACACAGAGCAAACACCUGGCAGGGUGACUUUCCAAAUGAUAAUACGAUGGAAGAUGGAUACCUGGGUACUGCGCCAGUUACAGAAUUCCCGCCGAACAAAUAUGGGUUGCGCAACGUGAUAGGAAACGUAUGGGAGUGGACGUCUGAUUGGUGGACGAUCGAUGCCGCGAAAAGGGGCGGGUCUACGAAUCCUACCGGACCGCCUGAUGGAACAGACAAAGUGAAAAAAGGUGGAUCCUAUCUUUGUCACGAGAGCUAUUGUUUUAGAUACAGGUGUGCCGCCAGAAGUCAAAAUACCCCUGACUCUUCAGCUGGAAAUCUUGGCUUUAGAUGUGCCCUGUCAGCCUGAUUUUCAUGGAAAGGUUUUCUUGAAAUAAAAUUUUUACGUGUGUCUUUUAAA